CCAUCCCCCCCGGCCGUCAUACACAUCUCGCCCACCAUGCCUCAAGAGGUCUCCGACAUCAAGCAGUUCAUCGAGAUCUGCCGCCGCAAGGAUGCUUCCUCCGCGCGCAUUAAGAAGACCAAGAACACCAACAACAUCAAGUUCAAGGUCCGCUGCCACCGCUUCCUCUACACCCUUGUCCUGAAGGACUCGGACAAGGCCGAGAAGCUGAAGCAGAGCCUUCCCCCUGGACUCACCAUCUCCGACAUCCCCAAGAAGAACCAGAAGGGCAAGCGUGUCUAAACGCACCCUUCGGCACGAACUUCUUACCACGCGCGCGCACUCCCUCGGCAACGCCUUCUUCCCCAGCAAUGCACAAGUCAAAAGUAACGGAACCAGCGCGUUGACAGCAGGGGUCGCAAGAACGAGAAACCUAAAAAAAAUGAAGGGGAGAGGGAGGGGGUUUUUGAAAGGCGCGGAGAGCAGAGGCUGAGAUGUGGGGGCAUGGUGCUGUGCUGUGCUGUGCUGUGUGACCUGUGACAGCGCCGUC